AUGUCGCGUUACAAGCGUAAAGGGGCCAAUUCAGCUAAGAGGGGACCGCCCGCCAAGUGGGCUAACAACCAAAAUGGUGUGAAGCGAGAUGAAAUUUUCCCGGGUUUAACCUUGGUGAACUUUGAUCGACUAAGUGACAGUGACGAGCCAUUCAUUCUAGCAUCACUAGCUAAGCAAGUUUUUUAUGUGGUUGACAAUAUUGAUCCUAGAUGGCGUGUUGUUGCCCAAGGAAAAAGACAUAUUUUGGGUAUUGAUGAUGUUGUAGAUGAAGAUGAGUAUGAUGAGUGUAAACUUGGUGAAUGUCGUAUCCUCUUAUGUGAGCCAGGUUCCAAGCACAGGUUGCAGAAAUUGCAGUUGAAUUUUCCUAGGACCGUAGCUACCAUGGAUGAUCAUCGUGAUAAUGAAAUACAGGGAAUUGAUGGAGAUAGUCAUCCUACGGGGGAAUCACAAGGUACCAACACUAGUAAAAACACCAAAUUCCGUGGUCCGGCAAAAGGAGUUCAAGCCAAAAAGCCUAUGCAUCUUCAGUAUAAUCAAUAUGGAAUCCCCGAUGGAGAAUGGUCAGGAGAAUACGGGAAGCAAGUUGGGUCUUGUGCUGCUAGAAUUAACAUUAAUGUGAAAGAAUAUUCAACGUUAGAUGAACACACAAAGAAGGGGUUUUGGGAGGAGACCAAGCUUCUGUUCCACAUUAUUGAUGAUCCGGCUAAAAGGAGAGAAAAAUAUUUUCAUAUGUGUGUGGCGAAACGCUUUGGAGCUUUCAAGUCUAGGUUAACGCGGCGUUGGAUAACUAAGAAAGAAAAAAUGCCGAAACAUCAGACAAAUGACAUGCCUUGGGACAUCUACCAUCAAAUCACAGAGGAUGAUUGGAAAACAUUUGUGAUGGAACGAAACAAGCCGGAGAUGUUGGUUCGUAGAGAAAAAGCAAGUAAAAGUGCAUUACAAAACAAGCACCCACAUCGCACAGGCCAAAAGGGUUAUGUUAGAAAGAGACCAGAGUGGAUAAAUGAUGGGCGACUACCGCCAGAGGCAGCUUUAACCCUCUCAAGUGGCUCCUCCUCAGUGACCUCAUCACUCACCAUAGCGCCAGAUAGAUUUAAGAAGUUUAGAUCAGUAGAGUGGAUCUUGGCUCAUCAAGUUAAAAACAAAGAGGGAAAGUGGGAAGUUGACCCGAAUGAUAAAGAAGCCGUAAAUAUUGCUAAGAUGGCUUUGGAGUACAUAGAAGAAGAGGGAAAAGGAAAUAUUUCAUUCACCCAGGGAGAAGAUGCCCUCACCAAGGCUAUGGGAAAAAAGGAUCACCGUGGGCGUGUCAAGGCAACAGGUGGAGUUAAUGUCGGUUACAAAGUUGCUUUCGGUCCAAUAGACCGAAGUAGUAGAUGUGGCCAUAUUGAACCAUCACCGGAGGCUAUCGAAUCAAUCAGAGCUUCGGUGAGAAGGGAGUUUGAAGAUCAAUUAGAGAGAAAGGUGGCGGAGGCCCUCCAAAACCAACUAGCCACAUUGAAAGCAACCGGUCAACUAAACACCCUCUCUACCCCCGCACUUGAUUCUGCUCUUGUAAGUGAUGAGUUUGAUGUUAACCGUGCACUCGUAACCUGUUGUCCGAGUUCAUCGCAGCAACCACGCGAGCUGAAGGCCAUAACUCCAUGUCGUCUUGCCCUUGAGGAUAAAGUUUUGGGUAACAAAGUGAUAGUGGCAGAUGGUAUGGCGUACCCAUUGGAUGGUUCGUUGCACCAACACUUUAGAUCGAUGAAGCCUAGUCAUUAUAAGGUCCAAGUUGAUUGUAUUCACGACGGACAUGAUGAUGACACUCUUCCGGUACCUACUGGAGAUGGAUUCAAUAACUUAGGCAGGGCUCUUGCUAGUUUUGUGCAAUGGCCAAUUCACUUGGUGAUUUUCGAAGAAGACGAGGAGUACUCUACUCCACGCCCAACAAAGAAGUCCAGGAGUCAGAUUUUUGAAGAGGUGGUUGGUAGCUCCAAAGAGAAGAAAAACGAAUUAAUUGUCAAAGAGAAGACAACAGAAUUAGUUGUCAAAGAUAAGACAACAGAAUUAAUUGUCAAAGAGAAGGAAACACUUGAUUUAGGGUCCAAAGAGAAGACAACACUGAAGUUAACGGCCAAGGAAAAUUCAUGCUCAAAUAAGUUGGAGUCGAAAUCGAAGUCGAAGAACUCUAAGAAAUCCAAAGAGAUGGUAGGUAGUUGUGAUCGUAAAACUGAAGAAUCAGCCGCCAAAAGUAAGAAGCAAAAUUUGGCAGACGACACAAUUCAAGAGGGGAGUGCCUCAACAUUUCAGUGA